CGACCCUUUUCAUGAGUUAUCAUCUCAUGUCCGACGUUGCACCUCCACCGAAACGGCGCCAUGGCGGAUUCGACAAGCCCAGAGCCUGACACCAAGCGCCGAAAGCUUCGGAAGGGAACCAAGAGCUGCUGGGACUGCAAGAAGCGAAAAGUCAAGUGCACAUUCGAUACGACAUCAAAUACUGUGUGCAUUGCCUGUCGCCGUCGUGCCGCACCAUGCAUCGGCCAAGACCAGCCUGAAGAAGAAUUCCAAGCCCACGCUGAGAGCAAUCGCGACCUGCUUCUCGAUCGCAUUCAGAGAGUGGAAACACUCCUCGAGCAACUGAUUGAAGUUGGCCAUAACGUCGAGAGAGACGUCCCUCUAGCUGGGAUUAGACUGCCUGCACGCAGAAAGUCUGGCUACUUCACUCCGGCCAGUGACUACCAAUCCCACGACUCGUUCAACCCUCCACCAGAAUCAUGUGUCACAACAAGCCACUCUGCUGUUCGCAUGACGGACGAUUGCAGGAAGCUUUCAGAAGAGCUACUCGAGGCGUUUCCUUCCCAAGAAGACAUCAACGUCUUCUGCAAGUCGGACUACAUCGCUACGUUCUACUGCCAUCAAAUUUUCACGAAAUCCGGCGAUCGCCCUGAGCAUGAAGCGUUCGACUUUGUCAACGAUUUCGCUAAGAUCCCCGAUCCUUCCACGACGCCGCCAGUUCUAGUGGCGAAACGAAUGAUCAUCUUGGCUUUGUUCCUGCAGUAUUUUCGAACGCAGCAUACCCACGGUCUUGAAGAAUACCCCCCAACUGUCAUGGACAGAUUGGUGGAUACUGCAGUGCGUUUAGUCACCACGAAUGAAAAAAUCGUUUGCUGUAUCGAAGGUCUUGAGUGUAUCAUACUCGAAGGCGUCUUUCAGUCCAAUGGUGGCAACCUGCGGCGGGCAUGGCUUGCUUUUAGGAAGGCUAUGGUGAUUGCCCAGCUGAUGAAGAUGGACCAUCCGAACCCGCCUCCGGUCAAGGCCCUCGAGGCAAAUGCCAAAAUGAACCCAAAGUUUAUGUGGUUCCGUAUCGUUUAUAUGGACAGCUAUUUGAGUCUCAUGCUUGGUCUCCCACAUGGUGGACAAGAGACUAAUAUGGAGAAUGACGUUCCCGGCGAGACGCCCAGUUGCAGGCUCGAGCGGGCGCACACUCUUAUUGCGAGAAGCAUCAUCGAUCGUAAUAGGCGCGACCCAUUUUCCCAGGACUUCACUACAACACGAAAACUCGACCGAGAGCUCUUGAACGUCGCGAAAGCCCUUCCGGAUAAAUUCUGGCUGCCACCAAACUUUACCACUCUUCAACCAAACACCCGAGAAGCAUUCUGGGAAACGAUGCGGCUUUGCGACCAGCUUCAUCACUAUAAUCUUGUUCAUCUCCUGCACUUACCAUACCUCCUCCGCUGCGAAAAAGAGUCCAGCUACCACACGUAUGCUAAAAUUACCUGCGUCAAUGCCAGCCGCGAGAUACUUCAUCGAUGCAUCGCGUUCCGUAACUUCAACCGCAACAUAGUGGCCAUUUAUUGUCGCACCGCUGAUUUCUUCGCCUUCAUGGCCGGCAUGACAAUACUCCUCGCUCAUAUCGAUAGUCAUAGGCUCGAAGUGGAGGACUGGCGGGCACAUCAACGACUCGGUGACCGCGCUAUGGUAGAACAGCUUCUUGAAAACCUGGAGAAGUUAGGAAAGCACACAAAUGAUAACCUUACUCACAAAAGUGCCGAGCAGCUGCGGCGUUUGCUUGAGAUCGAAAAUGAUACUGCCUGCGGAAUGGGCCAUUCCGCUCACAAUACUGUGUGCUGUCUUGAAGAACACUGUGGCGAGCUUCAGCUCUCAAUACCCUACUUCGGCAUCAUCAAGAUCGGCCGCGCCGGCAUCACAAAGAACUGGCCGACCGAGCCAAAUCCCCUUCAACCGUUGCUAACCGAUAUCCCCGACUCCGUCCACGUAGCCAAUCACCUAUUUUCUACAGCUGGGCUGGCAGCGAGCGUGAAUGACUGGGCAUUUCAGGGUGUCGACGCGGCCUUCUUCGAUAGUUUAAUGAGAGGGACCGUAGAUUGGGAUCAGACACUGCAGGGAAGUGUUCGUUGAAGAUAUACUGUUGCUUGGAUAGAAUGGGGCGCCGCGUGUAAGAUGAAAGACGAGUUACAAGUGUAGCUUGGUGUCGUGCCCUUACCAAGUUCCGUUGUUGGUGGUGAUCCCCGCCAUCACAUCACAUUACAUAAACCGAAGCCUCCUCCCCGAAUCUUCUCCCCCUCUGCCUUCCACCGGCGGCCCCCAAAUACGGAGUUCCUCGACCUUGUUGUAGAGGUCUUCGCGUGCAUUGUGGCUUAUGACGUUAACCCCCUCACCUCACGCUUUCACCCGAUCAGUUCCAAGGGCUCCAAUGGUGGCCAUGGCAAUUAGCCUGAAAAAUAAGUGUCAAUAACACGUUUACAAACAGCUUCUUAGCCUCUUGCCUUUCAGAAAUGCUC